AGCCAGAGGGCGCCGCUAAGAAGAUAAAGAUCGACAACCCGAAGAAGCGCAUGCUGCUGAUCGAGAACCUGCAGCGCGCCCAGACCUACCAGUACAAAGUCCGGGCCAUGAACAGCAUGGGCUGGGGUCCAUUCAGAGACGCCACCAUCAACCUGGCAUCGCAGCCCGCAAGACCUCUGUCCAUCCCCAUCAUCCCAGAUAUCCCCAUCAUCGACGCUGAGGCUGGAGACGAGUACGACAGCUACCUGAUGUACAGCAGCGAGGUGAUGAAGUCUCCUGCAGGAUCCAAGACUCCCAGCGUCUCCGGAGAUGGCUGGAACCAUGUGAAGUUGGUCGGGUCCAACCUGGACCUGCGUAAGGUGUCGUGGAAAAGGCGAGUGGAUGUCUUCCGGCUCAGCACAGACACCGAGGCCAGCUCCGACAGCGAGGCCCCCCGCCAAAACUACGCCAAAACACCGCGUCCAGGUGAAGACUCUCAGGCCGCAGACAGAGAAACAGCAUGGCAGCUCUAAUGCACAAGCGG